AAAAUUGGAGGGAGGAUCUCACUCCCAGAAGACAACACAAAAAGUUUUGGAUCUCGACUCUGAUUUGAACAUCACUUUUCUACUGGGGUUUCAAAUUUUAAAAAUUAAUAAGUACGUAGGCUAGGUAGGUAGUGGUACCGGUACCUACAUUGAAAACAAAAAUAAAGUUUCUUUGAAAACAAAAUUUUGAGGUGACAGCUGCAGGGCUCAACUCUCGUCGAGUGUCGAGACACUGACAGUCAACACAUUUGGACACGAAGACGGAUAGCUCGGCCUCGGGACUACUCGGGACAGCUAAAAAAGCUAAGCUAGCGAGGCAAGACCGCAAGAGAUGUGUAAUCGUAAAUGAACUACUACCCACGUGUAAAUUCGCCACUUCACCUGUUGUGGCACGCAUGUGAUAAGCCUGCUUUUCUUAUCAGUUCAGUAUAUCGCUACUACAACACCGAAAUACCGAUGGGAUAUCUUCUAAAUCAUCAAAUUUGUUCAUGUUUGAGUGAAAAAUGCCGUUAAAUUAUCCACAAGUCGUUUCCAAGAUUCUAGACCAUUUACAAGACCAUAAAUUAAAAACGUUCGAUAUAAUAUUCCAGCCAGAAGAAAUCGAUACAUCGCCGGUAUUAUGCGUUGAACAUAAUUUAGGAAUUGAAUCUUGGUGUGUUAAAAAUCUGUACCUUCAAGCAUACGACACAGUUUUCAAACAUCCAGGUCCAGAUUCCGUUCACUAUGACGCCUCAGUUCUCACCCUUUUGCUUCUGAAUCCGAACAUUAAAACUUUAUGGAAUAAACGAAGAACAUUCGUUUCAAGCGGAAAAUCCAGUGUAGAUUUCGAACUAAACUUUAUCAAGUUAGUGCUAAGUUUCAAACCAAAAUCUCAAGACGCUUUAAACUAUCGAAAAUGGUUACUCAAAUUCCAUCAUCUCAUCACCUACCAAAAUUUCGUACAAAAAGAUCUACCUCUCAUAUUAGACGCUGCCAGUCGUCACACAAAUAACCACGUAGCAUGGGAUUAUGGAAUCUGGUACCUUAACUCGGUCGAUACUCAAACCUUAGCCAAACUUUGUAUAAUGUUAUGGGACGAAACAGCGACUUGGAUCAAUACCAACGUCUCCGAUUAUAGUGCUCUUCAUUUCCGUCAAUUUUUAAUCGAGAAAUUAACCGAUAAAGAUCUCUUGCCACUGAUCGACUACAGUUUUAAGAAAAAAACCAUGUUGGCGGGUUUAGAAUUCGCCGGUUCGGUUUUAAAAGUAUCUGACGAGGAUGUAAUCGUCGAAGUAUGUCAAAAAUUCGAAACACCGGACUACGGUGGUUUUUAUUUAUUGGGUAUACUUUUAGUUGAUUUUGAAAUUAAUGAAAAAUUGAUCUCUUUUUACGUUGAUCAUGAAGCUUUGUGGAAUCACAGACGUUUUUUAUGCUACCAUUUUCAUCGAGUUUUACCUACAGCACUAAGUGAUAAAAGUAAACGAUUAUUUUCUACUUUGGUUAGGGAAAUUGUCAACAUGAAUGCUGAAUUUUCCUAUAUUAAUGAGUCCAAUUUAUUUGAGUUUUUGUUUUUAAAAAUUCAUCGUGGUUUUUUAGAUAAGUGUCAGAAUGUUGAAACUGAAAGUGGUCGUUAUUCUGUGAAAUAUAUCGAAUGGUUAAAAAAAUGUAGAAUAUUAAAUCUCUCGGAUGAUGGUGAUUUUCGUAAUCCUAGUGAGCGAUAAUAAUGAAAGUAUGAGAUGUGUCAGAUGUUGAUUAAAAUUGUAUGAUCAAUAAUUUCAUGAUGUCUGCAAUAUCUACGAAUGACGUUGGUACGUUAAAUUCUCAUCACAGAACUGAUUACGUUACUUAAGUAUGGAUAAUUAUACAUGUGAAAAAAUAUAGUGUUUUAAAAGCAUGCGAAUCAAUAAAAUUUCAUCUUGCGUCGGUACUUUCAAACAAAUAUUUUUUUUGUUUUUUGUUGUUGCUUUUUAAAAUAAAAAACAAUGUUUGAUGUUGUCCAACAUAAAUUUUUUUUAUCAAUUGGAAAAUUAUUUGUACACAAAUAUCACUAAUACAUCAACUAGAACUUAAUUCAAACAAAAUACUUUCAUUUAAAAUGCUUAAUAAAUAACGAUAUAUUUUUAUAGGAAUAAUUUGUGUACUCAAAAUAUGAAAAAUGAUCAGAAACAACUGGUGCAUUGAAAAAUAUUUAGAUUUGCUGCUUAAAAAUAAAUAUCACGAUGAUACAACUGCAUCAAAAUUUUCAACAAAUCCAAAAAUAAACAGUAUCAUACGAUCAACGAAUAAAUUUCAUUCAGGUGAUACAUUCUAAUAAAUUAAAUUUCAUUCUUGUAUAAUGAAGCUUCGGACCUGCAGUGAAUCAUAACUUUGAUGGCAUUUCCAGCUCCAGUAUGAGCUGUAUUGAAAGCUUUGACAACUUCUUCCAUUUUAUAGUUAUGUGUUAUCAGUCUUUUGACGUUCACUUUACCAGUGGCAACCAUUGCAAGAGCUGAUUCGUAGCUAGGAAAAUAAUUGCAUUCAUUAAGUGACACAUGAUUUGAAUAAUAAACACAUCCAUUAAAAAUGGUUAAGAGAGAAAAUCCUUACUCGUUGGCAUAUCUGAAACAUCCUUUAAUAUCUACUUCUUUGCAUAAACCUGAUAUUAGAGGUAUUUUAACUUCUGCAGCUCCCAUACCAACGACUACCAAUGUACCACCGGGUUUCGUGACCUGUAACCAUUACCAAAUAAUUAUCUAUUAUGGUGUACCAAUUUACAGAUAUAAGGUACAUAUACAUAGGUAAAUUUAAAAAAAAAAAGUCGGAAUCUUAUACAUUCGUAUUUUUUGACAUAAAGACUGAGAUGUAUGAAAAUGUACCCUACCUUUAAACCUAAUUUAAUAGUUGUUUCGAAUCCGGAACAAUCGAUGGUAAUGCUUGGCAUAUCUUCUAAUAAUUCUGUGAUCACUUCUGAUAAAUGUUCUUCUGAAUCAUCUGGUUUUACCACAACUGUAUAGUCUGCUCCCAGUUCUUUGGCUACUUCCAGCCUACUUUCGAUGAUAUCUAAAACAAAAUGAGCUUAUUAGGUAGGGAUCAGCUUGCGAUAUCAAUGAUAUUUUUCAAAAUUUUAUGCUCAAAACAAAAAUCAAACGCCUAUUAUUAAAAAAAAAAAAAAAAAUGAAAAAACAUUUUUUAAAUUCGUACUUAGUUUAAAAAAAUGAAGACCAUCAUUUCAAAAUUUGACCAACAAUGACCUAAUUUUUCGAUGAAACGUGUUUCCAUUUUUAUCAAAGCAUUGCGGAUAAUUUAUCAUGUGUAGUUGAAGAAGCUAGGGUCAAAUAGUAUUCAAGUUAUGUUCUCAGGUCAAAGUUUACCGUACUCGCCAGAUGAACUCGUGCUUUGAAAUAAAUCGACCUCAACUAACGGCUUUAUUUAUUUUAAAUUUUUAUAAUGAUGAAAUUUUGCAUCAGGUGAAUAAGUAAACGUUAAAAUUAAGCAAAUCGCAUUCUUCAAUGAAAAUCUAAUCUAGCUCGUCUUCUCUUCUCCCUCUCUAAUAAGAGAUAAUAAGGUGCUUUAAAUAAUUGAAGAGUGAUAUUCCGAAACUCGCUUUGUCCAUUUUUAUCAAAGUUGGGUUUUCAGUGGUACCUGGUAGAUGAAGUAUUAACUCACAUUCCUACAUCAUCAACCUCCUAUAUAGCCAAUUCACUAAAAAUUUAAAAAAAAAUAAUUUUCCAAAACGUGCAUUGUCCAUUUUUAUUGAAAUUUUUUUCAGCAGUAUUUAGUGGAUGAAAUGUAUACCUACACUCCUACAUCAUAAAUCCAUCCAAAUAAAGUGCUAAACUCGCCUAAAAAGCCAAUUUACCCGUUUAAAGGGAAACCGUUUUUCCUCUCUCCUGAAAAGUUGUGAAAAUGGACAAAGCGACCAAAGCGAGUUUUGGAAUAUCACUCUUCAAUUAGUAUUUUCUUUUCUUCAUUUCUCAACAAAAAAUUACGCUUUUCCAACCAAUUUUUGUUUGUGUGAGUAUUUAGGUACUUGUUUUUUUUGAUAAUAAUUUGAUUAUUCUAGAAAAUUUUAUGGGAUGUUUUUCUUUUUCUAGAAUAGUUGAAUUACCAGCUAGUAGACCUUCUAUUGCAGAGCUGUAAAAUGACAUCAGCAGAUUUAGACAAUUCUGCAUUUUUUCAGAAAGAUUGAAAUUUUUAAAAGUUUGUUUGGUAUUAAAAAAAAAAUAAUUUGUUUUUUUUAAAACAAUUUUUUGAAAUUACGUAUGUUCAAAAUUUUCAAGCAUAUUUCAGAUGCUAGAUUGCAUUUUUCGAUUUUUGGUUAGUUUUGAAAAUCAUUAGAGCCAAAAAUGUGGAAAAUCAAAAUUACACAAAAUUGACCCAGAAAGCUGAAAGUUGGUAAUGUACCCAUUUACCCAAUUUUCAACCUCUUGAAUCGAUUAGAAACGACGGAGUACACAACAAAUUUCAGCUUUCUAAUUCGAUUAGGUAAAUUUUUAUUUUUUCCCAUUUUUGACCAAAAUUUGAUUUUUUAAAAUUGACCAAAAAUCGAAAAAUGCAUUCAGUACGAAAUUUUUGUUAGUGAUAACUUUUUUCAUGUUCUUUCGAUUUAGCUUUGCUCCUUGUCCGCUUCAAAAAUCUGUCUGCCAAUUGAGAGCCUACUUCCCUUGUAUAAACAAAUUUUCGAUAAUGACCAAAGUCUCAAGCACCUGUUGGCUUUUAUGCCUUAUGCCUAAUUAAUUUUUCAUCAUUUUUUAUUUCAAUUGAUUACGAUAAAUUAUUUACUGAAGCGAUUUUCAACACGUCAUUCAUGCUUUUGAGUACCUAUAUUUUUUUUUUUAUAAAGUGGGUAGAAACAAUAGAUAGGUAGGUAGGUACCUAAUCAAAAUAUCUCCAUUGACAAGUUUAAGCCUUGUCAUUACACAAAUACAGUUACACAACAAUUAUUAAUAAUCGUUCUUCAACCAUGCUUACCUGUAAUAACAACUUUAGAAGCUCCCAUUGCUUUAGCAGUAAGCAAUGUCACCAAACCAAUCGGACCGCAGCCUAAAAUCAAAACUGUAGAACCAACUUGAACAUUUCCUCUUCUACAAGCGUGCACGCCCACGGAUAAA